CCUGGUAGUAAACACUAUAUACAUGAAGGUUUUUGCGUCGUAUUGAGCCAGUUUGUGCGUGUGGGAGAAAGAGAGAGAGAGAGGAUAUAUGCGGUCGGGAAUCUUUGCUAAACCGCGAAGCAAAGGCGGAAACAGCUGUCAGACCGCCUCUUGUGUUGCCAUAGUUGGGGCGUGUUGACGGAGCCUUGUGCCAGCUGUGGUUAAACUGGGGAACUGAGCUAACUAUCUUCACUCUUCAACGAAGUGCUGUUUCCUGACGAUGUUCUUUGCCAAAAAGUUUAUCGGUGGCAUCAUUGAUGUUGUCAGCAACAUCGACCCGGCCCAGUUUGUCCCCUCUGACCCUCCUCCACCACGUAGGCCCGCUGUGUAUGCAGAGCAGCAUGAGAGUGAUGAGGAGAAACAGUUUCGCAGAGUCUUCCAGCAACUCGCUGGUGAUGACAUGGAAGUGAGCCCAUCAGAGCUGAUGAACAUACUGAACAGAAUCAUUGGAAAACAUGGUGACCUGAAGACAGAUGGUUUCAGCAUUGAGUCUUGCAGGAGCAUGGUCGCAGUCAUGGAUAGUGACAGCACUGGAAAACUCGGCUUUCACGAAUUCAAACACCUCUGGAACAAUAUAAAGAAGUGGCAGGGGGUGUAUAAAGCCUAUGACAGAGAUGGCUCUGGUGUCAUUGGUGCAGAUGAGUUGCCAGAUGCUUUCAGAGCUGCGGGUUUCCCCCUCAAUGACCAGCUGUUCCAGAUGAUAAUUCGCAGAUACAGCGAUGAAAGUGGGAACAUGGAUUUUGACAACUACAUUGGCUGCCUUGUGCGGCUAGAUGCCAUGUGCCGUUCCUUCAAAACCCUGGAUAAGGAUAACAAUGGGACUAUCAAAGUCAAUGUUCAGGAGUGGCUUCAGUUGACCAUGUACUCUUGAGUCCAGACGAGGUCUCUUCUGCUUGUUACACAUAACCACUUUGUUUGUCUACACAGUACAAUAUAUUUUCUCAACAUCCCUACAACUUCCUCUUAUUCAGCGUUGUAGAAGUUUCAGAUGUUCCAUAAUACAGGCAAGACAGAAUAGAUGCUGUAUUACAAACCCAGAAAAUUACAAGCCUGCACUCACAUAGACUAGGAUCAGAAAUGAAUGAUACUGAAUGUUCUGGUAGUAUGUGGCCAGCAUUAUUCAGUUGCCUCAAGAUAAUAGGAUGUUGAAUACGUGUCACUUUGUCUGCUUGUUUGGCAUUUGCUUUUGACUUGCCCAUAAACCCUCAAGUCAAAAUGGCCCGUGAGCAUGCAGGCCAAUAUCAGGAUGCUUUAUACCAUGAAAUUUGUGAAAGAAACAAAUGUGAAAGCUCCCAUUUCUGUGUGGCUGUGGCUGGUCUCACAAAGAUUGUAUGUUAGAUAGAGGUCUGUGGGUAUAGGUCAAUCUCGGUUUGGUUUUUUUUGACGAUCUGGGAAGCUGUUUAAACGCUAACAUGAUGUUGGACAAUCAAACUAAAAUGGCUGUCACCUGCUGUAAAAACAGGAAGAUCUACUUCAUUCAUCGCUGUAAAAAAGUUUGAAGCUGUAUUUGGUUUUUAAAAAAAAUAUUGUUUCCACCUAACCUAUUUACUUAAUUAUAUCCUUCUUAGAGGUGUAUGGGUGUGUUUUGAAGGCACAGUUGACCUUUUUGCUACCUGUUGGGGCGGGGAAAUGUACACCUUAAACAUUCAUGGAAUUUUGUGACCUCAUAAAUUCUCAGAAAACCAGCACCAGACUCAACCUGAGCAGAUGACUAAUUGCUUUCACACUGACUGAAAAUACCUGUGAGGUCACAAGAAUCGUAAGGCUGUCCUACCCAGACAGAUGCAACAAAACUAACAGGUGUGUUGGGACACUGCCGUGGGUGUUCACACACCCAGCAGCCCUAAGAAAAGGUCUAAUCUGAGUAACGGUGUGGGUGGGUCAUGUCUUUACAGAGAAUUUGACAGACACGAUCUAGAUAGAUUUGCAAAAGUGUCUAAAGUUUUAAUAUUUGGUAGAUGCCGGUCUUAUUUACUGCCCUUGUGAAACCAGCCACUGACAUGAAAUACCUGUUCAUAAAAACAACAGCCCACCAUUUUGGUUGCAGCUUAAUGAACAGUAAGGUAGAGGUUUGAACUAUGGUACACUUGCAUCACAACCUAUUGCAAGUAGAUCAUGGUUUAAUGAAUAGUACACUCCCAUUAUUUUGCAUCAAACUUGCACUGUAUACUGUAUAAGCAAAGCAGCCAGGGAUCGCAGUGUGCGUUUUUGGGCAGGCAAAUGUUUUUUCAUUUAAUGUUUAAUACUGGUAAUGCAACUUGGCCAUAAUAUCCAUGUCACAGCUUACACAUCUUGUUUCUUUUUACUAAUGUACUUCAAAUUGCCUGCACCAAAUAAUGCCAGCACAACAUGUAAAUUGAUAAUAUAUAACUUGUAUGCCACAAAUGCAUGCCAAUUGCAAAGAUGCCAUUAUUAAGAGGUUUUAACAUGUAGUUAUAGCCAAAGUUAUGAAAAUGUUACUGAAAAUGCCUGGUAAAAUAAAUGCCUGUGCCAUAUUUGGAAUAAAAGGGGAAUGUUAAA